AUGCAGCCAUCACUCCCCCAGCCAUCUUCAACUCUUUCACUCUGGCACAGGACGACGCGUUCAUUUCCUCAUCUCCAUGCAAAUCGUCUAGCUCCCGUUCCCACUUCAACAAAAUACCUCAUCAUUGGUUCUGGUAUCUCAGGAGUCCUGACUGCAUGGAAACUGGCUGAAAGUGGGGUCAAUGCUGAGGAUAUCUUGAUUAUCGAAGCCCGAGAAGCUGUUUCUGGUGCCAGUGGAAGGAAUGCUGGACAUAUCCGACCGGAUUCUUUUCGUGGAUUCCCUGGAUAUGCGAAAUUUCACGGACCCGAACAAGCAAGAAAGAUCCUUGAGAAUGAGCGCGUUGUCCUGGAGAAUGUUCGAAAUUUUGUCAAAGAGCACAACAUCGACUGUGAUUUCAACUAUAUGAGAACAUUCGAGGUAGCACUUACAGACGAAGUCGUUGAUAGUCUCAGCAAGUCACUGGUGGCGUUCAAGGCUGCUGGUGGUGAUGUUUCACACGUCAAGUAUUACGAAGGAGAGGCAGCGAAGAAAGAAACAAGGAGUCCUGAAGCCUUAUGUGCCUACGAGUCACCCGCUGCGUCUAAUCACCCCGGGAAGCUGGUCCAAUGGAUCUUGAACGACUUCAUCGCUAAAGGAGGCAAGCUAUGGACUCAUUGUCCAGUCACCAAAAUCGACCGGUUCAGAAGCGACAACAGUCCCAGUCUCAGGUGGGAGGUCCACACCCCUCGUGGCAUCGUCACUGCCGAGACCGUGGUCCACUGUACGAAUGCUUAUGCGGCAUAUCUUCUGCCGGAGCUGGGGAAGUUUAUCACGCCUCGCCGGUCACAGGUCAAUUCGUUUGUUCCGCCGCUUUCUCUGUCUGGUGAAGAUUCAUUGAAACAUACUAUGGCAUUGAGGUAUCGAGCAGACCACUUCUUCUCGGUUAAUGCGUUGAAUAAUGGUACGGUUGUGCUGGGUGGUACCGGUACACGAAGCAGCUCAGACAUGACUUCGGAAGACUUGAUCACGUUCGACGACUCUAGAUACAGUGAUCGUCUCGCCCAAAAUAGUACAAAGGAGUUCCUAGGUCUAUGCCACCAGCCAGACUCUGCUUCACUCCGACAUGGUGAAGGGCUGGAUCAUGCAUGGACUGGAAUUAUUGGUAUGACUGCCGAUGGCGCACCGUUAGUUGGGCCGAUUGAGGGCCUUGACGGUCAAUGGAUCUGUGCUGGGUUUAAUGGCCAUGGCAUGGCUGGGAUUUUCACCUGUGCUCCUGGCUUGGCGAAGCUGAUAUCGGGCCUUUCGUGGCAAGAUACUGGCCUUCCGGAAUGUUUCCAGUUUAACACGGAGAGAAUACGACGAUCUACUGACCAGCGUGUAAAGAGCACUCUGUAA